AAGAAAAGGAAGGAAGGAAGGAAGGAAAGAAAGAAAGAAAGGGGUUGGGUCAAAAUUGUCUCUAAGAGCAGGAAAGGAAAGGGACAGUAACAUGACCAUAUUCCUUCAGCUUGCUUUCCUUGCUACACUUCUGACUCACCUAGGCUGCAGCAAUCCACGCCGGGCUCCAGAGUCCAGUGCCAGAAGAUAUAACCGGAUUCAGCAUGGACAGUGCACCUACACGUUCAUCCUUCCAGAACAGGAUGGGAACUGUCGUGAAAGCACCACCGACCAAUACAACACUAACGCUCUCCAAAGGGAUGCCCCCCACAUGGAGCAGGAUUUCUCUUCCCAGAAACUGCAGCGCUUGGAGCAUGUGAUGGAAAACUACACUCAGUGGCUGCAAAAGCUUGAGAACUACAUUGUGGAAAACAUGAAAUCAGAGAUGGCGCAGUUACAGCAGAACGCUGUGCAGAACCAUACAGCCACCAUGCUGGAAAUAGGAACCAGCCUCCUCAGCCAGACAGCAGAGCAGACAAGAAAGCUCACAGAUGUCGAAACACAGGUACUAAAUCAAACGUCCCGACUAGAAAUUCAGCUGCUGGAGAAUUCAUUAUCUACUUACAAGCUGGAGAAACAACUGCUCCAGCAGACACAUGAAAUCUUGAAAAUCCAUGAUAAAAACAGUUUAUUGGAACACAAAAUCCUUGAAAUGGAAGAAAGACAUAAAGGGGAGCUGGAUACGCUGAAGGAGGAGAAAGAGAGCCUGCAAGGCUUGGUUUCACGUCAGACCUACAUCAUCCAAGAACUGGAGAGGCAGCUGAGUAAGGCAACCACUAAUAACAGUAUUCUGCAAAAACAACAGCUGGAACUCAUGGACACCGUUCACAACUUAGUCAGUCUUUGUUCUAAAGAAGGAGUUGUACUAAAGAAUACAAAAAGAGAAGAUGACAGGCCAUUCAGAGACUGUGCUGAUGCAUACCAAGCUGGCUUCAACAAAAGUGGCGUCUACACUAUUUAUGUUAAUAACAUAUCAGAACCUAAAAAGGUUUUUUGUAACAUGGAGACCUCAGGAGGAGGCUGGACAGUCAUACAACACCGAGAAGAUGGGAGCCUAGAUUUCCAAAAAAGCUGGAAAGAAUACAAGAUGGGCUUUGGUAGUCCUUCUGGUGAAUAUUGGCUGGGGAAUGAGUUUAUCUUUGCAAUAACCACUAGUCAAAGACACUAUUCUCUAAGAAUUGAACUAAUGGAUUGGGAAGGAAGCCGGGCUUAUUCACAAUACGAUAGAUUUUACAUAGGAAAUGAAAAGCAGAAUUACAGGCUGUAUCUAAAGGGUCAUUCAGGAACAGCAGGGAAACAGAGCAGCUUGAUACUGCAUGGAGCGGACUUUAGUACCAAAGAUGCUGACAAUGACAACUGCAUGUGCAAAUGUGCCCUUAUGCUAACAGGAGGAUGGUGGUUUGAUGCCUGUGGGCCUUCCAAUCUCAAUGGAAUGUUCUACUCCGCUGGGCAGCACCAUGGAAAAAUAAAUGGAAUCAAAUGGCACUACUUCAAAGGCCCCAGUUAUUCAUUACGUUCCACAACUAUGAUGAUCCGGCCCUUAGACUUUUAAACGCACCAAGCGAAAGCAAGAACAAUGUGCAGUAUAGCUACCAUAUUCUGAAGAACUUCGUAUGCGACCUUCAGAAGCAGAGGGCGAGGACUUCCUGAAAGCAUCAAACGGCAGCCGCCCAUCAGUACUCAUAUCUUCCCUGUCACAGGCUGCAGUAAAUGGACACAAGUCACCACCCAACACUCCAGGAUGCAGAUGACACUGUGGUUGCUUGGACUAGCGAAGAUGUUUAUUGCGACAGAUCAGUGGACAACAUUACGGUUCGGUUGCCACAAAGGAACCUAAUACUUUUGAGCAGAAGCUUGUUUGCUUGUACAAAACUGCCAGAUUAAAAGAGAUGAAAUUUGGUAAAGCAGAAAUACAUCAUCGUCGUCGUCAGUGGAGAAAGGAUGCUUGUCAGUGAAGGAAAUGGCACAGAAUCUAUGCAAAAAAAAAAAAAGCACAACCGAUAUUUAUUUUAAUUGGUACACGUGCCUUAAAAAAGAAACACAAAGAUGGUUGUUCAAAGCAUUGCCUGCUAUCAGCAAACACCAUUUAGAUGGAUAACGUCUCUUUAAUGCAGGAUCAAUAUGGUAUGUUGGAGCAAUUUCUCAUUAAGUCAGUUUCAAAUGUGAAACAUGCCCCAAUCAAGAGACUGAGAAUCAUGAUGGACAGAGAAUGAUAAGAGCAAUAUGCAGAGAGUUGCCAAUGGUCCUGCGUGGCUGGGGUGAAUGUAGGUAAUCCUGAUAAUUGGCAUAAUCCUUCAACUGGGAUUUAUAGCAUGAUAACAAAAGAAACCAGGGAUAUUUCUUUCUGACUGUUACGGCUCUGGCCUCUAGCAAAUGAAGUCUGAAUGUCACAUUUAAAAACCCCAGAUAUUUUGUAAGGUGAAAUAAAGGUUAUUUUUCAAAUGGAAUUUCCUUUGAAAUAUACAGCAUGGAUGCAGAUGGCGUAACCACAUAUUCCAACUGGAUUCGGUUCGUGAAGCAGUGUUUUGUUGUUGUUUUUGCAUGUGCACAUUUUAGAGUUAAUUACUUCUGAAUUGCUUUUAGACCUUCAUUUCUUCUCUAUGUUAUUCAUCCUUAAUCUGCAAAAUAAGUUAAGCAGGAGACUAUCAGUGCUUCAGUUAGUGCUGUGAAACACUAAAUACAGGAGAACUAAGGGAAUACUUACAGCUAUGUACAGUAUUGCAAUUGCAGUGGGCAUAGGCACAGAGUAGCCAAAGUUAAAGGUAUUAGUUUCAGUGGGAAAAUUAAGCCUAAGCUCAAUUCUCUUAUUUGAAAUGAAUGGGACUUAAAAAAGCUUAUCUGAAUCAUGUCCCAUACAUAUGGCUGCAAAAAAAAGUCUAGCUUUCUGUAGUUGGGGGUUUGUUGUGCUCUAGUACUACAAUUUUGUUUCCUGAUUAA